UAAUGCAAGACAGAUUCAAUUUUUAAACUUAAACAGAACAUUUACAUGCUCGUUAUGUUGGUACAGGAAAUCCCGAUACUCCAAAAUAUGUUUGGAAUAAUCAUAUACAUAGAGAUACAUUGGCAUCACAUAUAGGUCAUCAUAGUAGAAUGGUAUUCAUCUAUUUAAUGUUGAGGUUUAUUUCUGUACAGCUGAAAAUGAACCAAUGUGUCGAUUACGCUAUAAAUUUUUGACUAAAAUGAUUUAACCUUGUGGGCCUCCUCCUCCUGAUAUUGAGAAAGCAGAAUUUUGAUA